GCCAAAGCGCGUUCCCAAGGCUUUGAAAACGACCCUGCACAAUCCGGGUGGAACCAGGAGAUCCCAGCAGCCCGCACCCGAGGCCCAACACCUCAGGGAUUUCCUUGGCCCAAGGUUCAUGGAGUGCCUACCCUACCCUGGCCCUCGUGAGAGUUUUUGUUUUUGAGGACAUCUAACAGGAGGUGAGAUCCUGACAGAAAGGGCGACUAGAAAGGCUUUGUACUUGCUUCAGUAGAAAGAUUUUCUCGUUUGUGCUAACGAUGUGGAGAGUAAAAAACAAAGACCAAAAAAUAGCGGUGCGCCAAAUAUUACAGAGAAAAAUCAAGAGAAACUAAGCUCUAUGACUGAAGAAGGUGGUGCCAGCCAGGUUUCCAAGGUUGCUUCUUUCACGGAAGGGAAGAACUUCAGAAUGUUUAAUGGCAGACCUGGGAUCAGCAUGCAAGCUUUUUUCAAGAUUCAGCACAAAUCCACCCUCUCUGAGGCCUUCUUCUUCUAAGUUUCAGCGGUUUCGUGCUGCUCUUCCCAACAAUGCCUAAAGUAGUGUCCCGGUCGGUAGUCUGCUCCGACACCCGGGAUCGGGAGGAGUAUGACGACGGCGAGAAGCCCCUCCACGUCUACUACUGUUUGUGUGGCCAGAUGGUCCUGGUGCUGGACUGUCAGUUGGAGAAAUUGCCCAUGAGGCCCCGGGAUCAGUCCCGUGUGAUCGAUGCUGCCAAACACGCCCACAAGUUUUGUAACACGGAAGACGAGGAGACUAUGUACCUUCGGAGGCCUGAAGGGAUUGAACGACAGUACCGGAAGAAGUGUGCAAAGUGUGGGCUGCUACUCUUCUAUCAGUCCCAGCCGAAGAAUGCGCCCGUGACCUUCAUUGUGGAUGGAGCAGUAGUCAAGUUUGGCCAGGGUUUUGGCAAAACAGAUAUCUAUACUCAGAAACAAGAGCCUCCUAAGAAGGUGAUGAUGACCAAACGGACGAAAGACAUGGGCAAGUUCAGCUCUGUCACGGUGUCUACUAUUGACGAAGAGGAAGAGGAGAUAGAGGCUAGAGAAGUUGCGGACUCCUACGCUCAGAAUGCCAAAGUGAUUGAAAAGCAGCUGGAGCGCAAAGGCAUGAGCAAAAGGCGGCUGCAGGAGCUGGCUGAACUGGAAGCCAAGAAAGCAAAAAUGAAGGGGACCUUGAUUGACAACCAGUUCAAAUGAUCAGGACCUUUCAACCCAGACUGGCGGUCCCCAGGAAAAAAAGCUUUUUCUUGACUAUGUAGUCUGGUACCUACCUUUUUGCCCCAGCAGAAGGCUUUCCAUUGUUUCCAUUGAUUUCUCCUACCUUCAGUGAGGACUUUAGUCCAUCUGACCUGCUUUCUAGAGAUGGGUCCCCCACUAAAUCUUUCUCUAUAUAGGUCCUCUGUACUAUUUUUUGUCCAUUUGAUGUAAACUUCUUCAGCUGUGUAGAAACUCGAUGAAAUACAUCAGUGCUUGAGAGUCUCUAUUUUAUAAAGUAGCUGUUCUUAUUCCAUCUUCAAAGUUAAUAAAAAUGUUUAAAGAUUUUAAAAAUAAAUAAAUAAAAUAAAAAUAA